ACCUUUAGUUUUUCGUGCACUUUUAUUGAUACCCUUUUUCCCAGUCGAUAUUGGGAUAACUGUUUGGUUCAACAUCAACACAGUGCAAAUUGUACAGUCAUGGCUAACCUGUUGACGGCGGUAUGUGUGGCUUUCUUGGGGUUUGUUGUGUAUUCGUUAUUCGAUCACAACAACCAACUGAAACGAAAUACUGAAGAAAUAAGUAGACUUCGCCAGGAAAACCACAAUCUCCAAAUACACGAAUACAUCUUGAACGAUCUCAAGAGCCAGGUCCAGGGAUUGAGGGAUGAAAAUGGACACUUUAGAAAAGAGAUUGAUCGUCUGAAUCAUCAACGAGAGGUAACGAAAGACCGGCUAGAAACUCUGAAAGACGAAGUUAGGAAACGUGAUGAGGCUUUGAAAGAAUUCGACAAGGGCGUGAACAUCAUGCAUGAGGAGUUGAAGAAUACUGUCAAGGAGUUGGAUAAACUGGUAAAUCACGUGACAGACAUGGACAAAAUGAUGGAAAAGCUGGAUCAUAAAUACGUCAGUGCCAUGAACGAGCUAAACGACAUAAAAGGAAAGUUGAACCAGGACAGAAACCAUUACCACAAACAUGAACACGAGUAUUCUAGCGGCGGAACCAUUCGGCGCCAUACGUUACACCAUCAACGUCAUCGCUAA